AGUGGUGGAGAGUGGCAAGGAAGGACCCUAGGGUUCAUCGGAGCCCAGGUUUACUCCCUUAAGUGGAAAUUUCUUCCCCCACUCCCUCCUUGGCUUUCUCCAAGGAGGGAACCCAGGCUGCUGGAAAGUCCGGCUGGGGCGGGGACUGUGGGUUUCAGGGUAGAACUGCGUGUGGAACGGGACAGGGAGCGGUUAGAAGGGUGGGGCUAUUCCGGGAAGUGGUGGGGGGAGGGAGCCCAAAACUAGCACCUAGUCCACUCAUUAUCCAGCCCUCUUAUUUCUCGGCCCUGCUCUGCUUCAGUGGACCCGGGGAGGGCGGGGAAGUGGAGUGGGAGACCUAGGAGUGGGCUUCCCGGCCUUGCUGUACAGGACCUCGACCUAGCUGGCUUUGUUCCCCAUCCCCACGUUAGUUGUUGCCCUGAGGCUAAAACUAGAGCCCAGGGGCCCCAGGUUCCAGACUGCCCCUCCCCCCUCCCCCCGGAGCCAGGGAGUGGUUGGUGAAAGGGGGAGGCCAGCUGGGGAACAAACGGGUAGUCAGGGGGUUGAGCGAUUAGAGCCCUUGUACCCUACCCAGGAAUGGUUGGGGAGGAGGAGGAAGAGGUAGGAGGUAGGGGAGGGGGCGGGGUUUUGUCACCUGUCACCUGCUCCGGCUGUGCCUAGGGCGGGCGGGCGGGGAGUGGGGGGACCGGUAUAAAGCAGUAGGCGCCUGUGCCCGCUCCACCUCUCAAGCAGCCAGCGCCUGCCUGAGUCUGUUCUGCCCCCUCCCCACCCAUUUCACCACCACCAUGACACCGGGCAUCCAGUCUCCUUUCUUCCUGCUGCUGCUCCUCACAGUGCUUACAGUUGUUACAGGUUCUGGUCAUGCAAGCUCUGCCCCAGGUGGAGAAAAGGAGACUUCGGCUACCCAAAGAAGUUCAGUGCCCAGCUCUACUGAGAAGAAUGCUGUGAGUAUGACCAGCAGCGUACUCUCCAGCCACAGCCCCGGUUCAGGCUCCUCCACCACUCAGGGACAGGAUGUCACUCUGGCCCCGGCCACGGAACCAGCUUCAGGUUCAGCUGCCACCUGGGGACAGGAUGUCACCUCGGUCCCAGUCACCAGGCCAGCCCUGGGCUCCACCACCCCGCCAGCCCACGAUGUCACCUCAGCCCCGGACAACAAGCCAGCCCCAGGCUCCACCGCCCCCACAGCCCACGAUGUCACCUCGGCCCCGGACACCAGGCCGGCCCCGGGCUCCACCGCCCCCCCAGCCCACGGUGUCACCUCGGCCCCGGACACCAGGCCCGCCCCGGGCUCCACCGCCCCCCCAGCCCACGGUGUCACCUCGGCCCCGGACACCAGGCCGGCCCCGGGCUCCACCGCCCCCCCAGCCCACGGUGUCACCUCGGCCCCGGACACCAGGCCCGCCCCGGGCUCCACCGCCCCCCCAGCCCACGGUGUCACCUCGGCCCCGGACACCAGGCCGGCCCCGGGCUCCACCGCCCCCCCAGCCCACGGUGUCACCUCGGCCCCGGACACCAGGCCCGCCCCGGGCUCCACCGCCCCCCCAGCCCACGGUGUCACCUCGGCCCCGGACACCAGGCCCGCCCCGGGCUCCACCGCCCCCCCAGCCCACGGUGUCACCUCGGCCCCGGACACCAGGCCGGCCCCGGGCUCCACCGCCCCCCCAGCCCACGGUGUCACCUCGGCCCCGGACACCAGGCCGGCCCCGGGCUCCACCGCCCCCCCAGCCCACGGUGUCACCUCGGCCCCGGACACCAGGCCGGCCCUGGGCUCCACCGCCCCCCCAGUCCACGGUGUCACCUCGGCCCCGGACACCAGGCCCGCCUUGGGCUCCACCGCCCCUCCAGUCCACAAUGUCACCUCAGCAUCAGGCUCUGCAUCAGGCUCAGCUUCUACUCUGGUGCACAACGGCACCUCUGCCAGGGCUACCACAACCCCAGCCAGCAAGAGCACUCCAUUCUCAAUUCCCAGCCACCACUCUGAUACUCCUACCACCCUUGCCAGCCAUAGCACCAAGACUGAUGCCAGUAGCACUCACCAUAGCACGGUACCUCCUCUCACCUCCUCCAAUCACAGCACUUCUCCCCAGUUGUCUACUGGGGUCUCUUUCUUUUUCCUGUCUUUUCACAUUUCAAACCUCCGGUUUAAUUCCUCUCUGGAAGAUCCCAGCACCGACUACUACCAAGAGCUGCAGAGAGACAUUUCUGAAAUGUUUUUGCAGAUUUAUAAACAAGGGGGUUUUCUGGGCCUCUCCAAUAUUAAGUUCAGGCCAGGAUCUGUGGUGGUACAAUUGACUCUGGCGUUCCGAGAAGGUACCAUCAAUGUCCACGACGUGGAGACACAGUUCAAUCAGUAUAAAACGGAAGCAGCCUCUCGAUAUAACCUGACGAUCUCAGACGUCAGCGUGAGUGAUGUGCCAUUUCCUUUCUCUGCCCAGUCUGGGGCUGGGGUGCCAGGCUGGGGCAUCGCGCUGCUGGUGCUGGUCUGUGUUCUGGUUGCGCUGGCCAUUGUCUAUCUCAUUGCCUUGGCUGUCUGUCAGUGCCGCCGAAAGAACUACGGGCAGCUGGACAUCUUUCCAGCCCGGGAUACCUACCAUCCUAUGAGCGAGUACCCCACCUACCACACCCAUGGGCGCUAUGUGCCCCCUAGCAGUACCGAUCGUAGCCCCUAUGAGAAGGUUUCUGCAGGUAAUGGUGGCAGCAGCCUCUCUUACACAAACCCAGCAGUGGCAGCCACUUCUGCCAACUUGUAGGGGCAUGUCGCCCGCUGAGCUGAGUGGCCAGCCAGUGCCAUUCCACUCCACUCAGGUUCUUCAGGGCCAGAGCCCCUGCACCCUGUUUGGGCUGGUGAGCUGGGAGUUCAGGUGGGCUGCUCACAGCCUCCUUCAGAGGCCCCACCAAUUUCUCGGACACUUCUCAGCGUGUGGAAGCUCAUGUGGGCCCCUGAGGGCUCAUGCCUGGGAAGUGUUGUGGUGGGGGCUCCCAGGAGGACUGGCCCAGAGAGCCCUGAGAUAGCGGGGAACCUGAACUGGACUGAAUAAAACGUGGUCUCCCACUGCGCCAA